AGUCACCUUUUACAAGUUCACCUGUUGGAGAAGGACCGAUGACAAACUAUUCUAACCUUUCCUUGGAGAGGCAUAACAUAACACUGCCUGAACGUUCCAGUGUGCAGAAACAAGUCAUUUUGGAAAGUCCUUCUCUCAUGUAUCUCACCUGCAAGUUCACGGCGUCGGGGAACUUGACGUCCGUGUGCGUGACUUGGAAGAGGGGUGAUGAGCCGCUGAAGAAUUUUUCUCACACUGUGGAAGGAAAUAGCACUGUGCGUACACAGUACAAUUUCACCAUCGUUAACAGCAAGCAGCUGGGGAACUACUCUUGUGUCUUUGAAGACAGAAAGGAGCAACGGGGAACAUUUACUAUCCAAGUUCCUGAAGUUAAGGGAAAAAAGAAGCCAUUGAUCACUUAUGUGGGAGACUCGACUGUCCUGGUGUGUAAAUGUGAAAAGUGUGUUGGACCUUCACAUUGGACCUGGUACAGAAGUAAUGGAAGUGUACAGGUUCCUAUUGACGCUAACAUGAGUGCUAAGUAUGUGAUCAGCGGAGCACACAACAAUGAAACAAAGCUCAAGCUGAUGAAUCUCCUGGAAGAAGACGGGGGAUCCUACUGGUGCCGGGCAGUGUUCCCGUUAGGCGAGAGUGAAGAUCAGCAGGAACUUGUUGUGCUGAGCUUUCUGGUGCCCCUCAAACCGUUUUUUGCUAUCAUCGCUGAAGCUGUUCUUUUAGUGGCCAUUAUUCUGCUUUUUGAAGUGUACACACAAAAGAGAAAGAAGCACCCAGACGAUGGAAAAGAAUUUGAACAAAUUGAGCAGCUGAAGUCAGAUGAUAGCAAUGGUUUAGAAAAUAAUGCCCCCAGGCAAAGAAAGAAAUGAAUCUGUGAGCCAGUGAAUGGAUCACAUCAAGCAUCGUGGGAAGAUGUACAAGGAUGUGUUUCAGCUUUUAAGAGUUUGAGUUUUUCCUGACUUGCAUGGCCAGACCCUGUCUUCAAAAAAAAAUGACAAAAAACAAAGAGUUUCUGAGUUUUUGUGUUUUCAAAGAUGAAAAGUUUAAAAAAAAGAUGAAAAGUUUAUGCGGCUUGUACACCAGUAGCUUUAUACAUAAUACAUGCUAUCUCAGAUCUAGAGCCUUUAUUUCAUGUCGUUAUUGCUUUAUACUAAAGCAAGGCAAACUAUGUGAAAUGUGUUCCGUGAGCUGUAACCCAGAGUAAUUAAUUUUAUCUUGGUCUUUAAAGGGCAUCAGCAGAAUGAGUUAAUAAUUCAUAGAACAAUUUAAAAAAGUACUCCAUGGAACAGGUAUCACUAAAGACCUGUCUAUAACCAAAGAACCUAUUAAAAAGGAAGUCUUUACUGUUUAUGUCUUAAAAAAAGUAUUUUUCCUAAUCAUGCUUUGUGUGUAUAGAAAUUUGUAUUUGUAUAAUAGUUUCAUGUAAAGUUGUGAUAUUGAAAAAUUGUGUCAUUAGGACUUCAAUCUUUGUGUUUUUUGCUAAUGAUGGUUACACUCUCUGCAAGUACAACAUAGCUUUUGUCCAUAAAUCAUAGCUUAAGACAAGGAAGUAAACCGUGCUCUUAGCUGGGUAUGGUGGUUACAUCUGUAAUCCCUGCUGUUCAGGGGGCUGAGGUAAGAAGAUCAGAAAUCUGAGGCCAGCAAUUUAGUGAGACCCUGUCUCACUAAAAAAAAUAAAACAAAAAAAACUGGGAAUGUAGACCAGUGGCAGGCCACUUUCUUGCUUUACCAUGUGCAAGGCCCCAGGUUCAAUCACCAGUACCUGAAAAAGUCAAAACCAAAAACAAACACCAAAGAAGAUUUUAAAAAACCUCAAAAAACAGAAAAACUAACUAACAAAAAAAUCCUAUGCUUGCUCCUAAGCUCUGUUGCUACAGAGCAACUCUCUGUCUUUCCCAUACCAAGCCACAGUGCUACUUGUCUUUAGAGCAUUUUUGUUGUUGUUUCUGUUUCUUUUGUUUUAUAAGCCCUGGACCUUGGACUUCUCCAGGUGUGUAAGUAUUAACAAUACACCACUGUCAGCCGGGUGCUUCUGUGGUUCAUGGUUUCCUGGUGUCUUCUAUUUUUUUUUUACUAAGUUUGUUUGUAUCCAUGGCUGGUUAAAUAUAUAAAAAUAUGUCAUUAGUGCUUUACAAUAGUAAUUCUUUUGGCUGGAAUAUAGAUGUAUUGAAGUACUUUAUUUUUGCAAAUGCCUUAACAUAGUAUCUGAAAGUAGGAUAGUUUCUAUUGCAUAUAUAUCUGAAAUAUUUUAUAAAUGAAUUAUAACCAAAUUCAAUGAAACCUGAAUGUACAUGGAAGUUUCCAGUGACUUUAAAGGAAAUAAUGGAAAUCAUGCUACACUACCCUAGAUUGUCCGUGGUGUGAGCAACCAGAAGCAGAGAAGAGCUAAGGAUGGCCAUGAAAAACGCACAGUUCUUGAGUUGGGGAUUAAAGCCUGAUGAAGAUGAUGAUUAAAGCCUGAAGAAGAUGAUAGAAAGAAUGCUUUAUAGUAAUUUAUACUAUGGAUAUUGGUUAAGAAAAUAGAAUUCUGAUAGUGAGAACUGCAUAGCCAGCUUGACUAAUGUUUACUAAUAUUACUAGCAUGAAUAUACACCUAAAAUAGUGACUUGGAAGCUGCUUUUUAUUUUGCUGCUGCAACAAAACUAUUUUGUUGCAGAACAUCUCAGCCACACAGGAGCAUAUUAUUAAACUGGAAAAUAACUCCUUUUGGUUAACUAUUCAUUCUUGACCUCAGCCAUUUGUUUUGAUCUAAUUCAUAAUUUGACAAAAUUGUUAGGGGUACUGUGGUGGUGGCUGGCCUAAUUAACUUAAGCAGAAUUCAGGGAAAAGCGAGUCAAACCUGUUUUCUAAAUCGUAACCCAAAACGAUACGUAGCUCAUGUGGAGUGUGCAGCCUUAUGUUUUGGCACAAUUCAUUGUUGAGGCUGAAGUAGUUUUUAAGCAAAAAAAAGAAAACGUGUUGCUCAAAGGUAAAAUAAUCUGAAAUAUUGAUAUAGCAAAUUGAAAUUUUAAAUAAUUCUUGCUAUGUAUUUUUGCUAGUAAAGACAAGCUGCUUGACUAACUGAAAGCAGAAAAAGUACCCAAAUAUUGAAGUUGAUUUUUAGUUCUUGAAAGUCUCUGGAGGACUUCUAGAAAAUUACUUCACCACUGUUUGCUUAAAAAUGGAUUGUGUCCAUUAACUAACUCCUUAAAGAUAAUAAAUGGAUUAACUUAAGAACUCAGUAAAUUGACUGCAAGUACUAAGCGGUAGAAAAGCUGAAGCAGGAAACUGCUCCAAGCUUGUAUAGGACAUGUUGGGAGGGGCUAUCACUUUCUCUGGCUAGUGGGGUUUUUCAGCAUAAUUAGACUUCAUGGUGCCAUAAAAUUCCCCAUACUUCCAUAUACAAGUUUAUACUAAAAUGUAAAUCAUCUUCUGUAGUCUUGCGUUUCCCUCAAGCAUUUGGUCAGAUCCAAACCUAAAGGUCAUUGUGAUGUUUUACUGGUCAAGAAUUCCUGUUCCUUUGGCUUUCUGAAAAACUCAUUAAUCUACCCGGUUGCCUCCCAGACCCCACUGGCCCCAGCUGUAACAGCUAUGGUUUUAUUUUAUUUUUUGGCACUGGGAAUUGAACUCAGGACCUUGCACUUGUCAGGCAGGGGCUGUGCCGCUGAGCUAUAUCCCCGGCCCUGUGGUUUUGAACUUUAGCCUCAUCUUCUCAGUUUUUUGCGUUGUUGCUCAAGUCCUCCUUCUAAAACACAAAUCUCCCUUGCAACUUCGUGUGGCUGGCUCCACGCCACCCUGCAGGCUCACCUUUGUCAUUUCUUAGUAUUGCAGUGUGUGAAACUGCUAAUCUCCCUCAGGUCUGUGUCAGCUUUCCUGAUGUUAGCCCGACCAUGCAUCCCUGAAGAUCCCUCACACCCAGUGAGCAGUGAUGCUCUGCCUUCGUUUUUAUUCCCCUGUAUUGUAAACACAGGUUUGCUGCUGUUCUUGAUUCGUCUUUUAUUUCUGUGCCCUGUACCAUGAGGGUGUGUUGGAGAUGUUGUGAAAUAUGUUGAAUGAAUAAACGUAAAAGUAAAAAUCCAA